CUGUAGCCCCAUAUCUCACAACAUCUUCCUUCCUCUCCCAUGUCACAGAGCUCCUAUCCCAUCUGGGAGGACUUCAACUCCAAGGCCGCGAAGCUCCACUCUCAGCUGAGGACCACCGUGCUGGCUGCUGUGGCCUUCCUAGACGCCUUCCAGAAAGUAGCUGACAUGGCCACCAACACCCGAGGGGCCACGCGGGACAUUGGCUCAGCACUCACGCGCAUGUGCAUGCGCCACCGCAGCAUCGAGACCAAGCUGCGGCAGUUCACCAACGCACUGCUGGAGAGUCUCAUCAAUCCACUGCAGGAGCGCAUCGAAGACUGGAAGAAGUCAGCCAACCAACUGGACAAGGACCACGCGAAAGAGUACAAACGAGCCAGGCAUGAAAUCAAAAAGAAGUCCUCCGACACACUGAAGCUGCAGAAGAAAGCGCGCAAAGAGCUGCUUGGGAAAGGAGACCUGCAGCCUCAGCUGGACAGCGCACUGCAGGACGUCAAUGACAUGUACCUGCUCCUGGAAGAGACAGAGAAGCAGGCAGUGCGCCGAGCGCUGAUUGAGGAGCGGGGUCGUUUCUGCACCUUCAUCACCUUCCUUCAGCCUGUGGUGAACGGCGAGCUGACCAUGCUGGGAGAGAUCACCCACCUGCAGGGCAUCAUUGACGACCUGGUGGUGCUGACCGCAGAGCCCCACAAGCUGCCUCCCGCCAGUGAGCAGGUGAUUAAAGAUCUGAAGGGCUCUGACUACAGCUGGUCGUACCAGACGCCACCCUCGUCACCCGGCAGCUCCAGCUCCCGGAAGUCUAGCAUGUGCAGUGCCCCCAGCAGCAGUAGCAGUGCCAAGGGUGGCGGAGCCCCAUGGCCUGGGGGUGCCCAAACAUACUCACCCAGUUCCACCUGUCGCUACCGCAGCCUAGCGCAGCCAGCCACCACCCGCCUCUCCAGCGUCUCCUCCCACGACUCUGGCUUCGUCUCCCAGGAUGCCACCUACUCCAAGCCCCCUUCGCCCAUGCCUUCCGACAUCACCAGCCAGAAGUCCUCCAGCUCUGCGUCCUCCGAGGCCUCAGAAACCUGCCAGUCGGUUAGCGAGUGCAGCUCCCCCACCUCGGACUGGACCAAGGCGGGUCCCCAUGAGCAGUCCUCAGCCACCACCCUGCAGCGGAGGAAAGAUCGUGUGGAGCUCCUGCGCGACACUGAGCCAGGCCCUGCUGGUGGAAGCAUUAUGGGCUCCAGUGGAGAGGAGGUACCACGACCCAGGAUGUCUCCUGCCACCAUAGCAGCCAAGCAUGGUGAGGAAGUGUCCCCUGCAGCCAGUGACCUGGCCAUGGUGCUGACCCGUGGACUGAGCCUGGAACACCAGAAGAGCAGCCGGGACUCACUGCAGUACUCCAGCGGCUACAGCACACAGACCACCACGCCUUCGUGCUCCGAGGACACCAUUCCCUCCCAGGGCUCAGACUAUGACUGCUACUCUGUGAAUGGGGAUGCCGACAGCGAGGGCCCCCCUGAGUUUGACAAAUCAUCCACCAUCCCCCGGAACAGCAACAUUGCCCAGAACUACCGUCGCCUGAUCCAGACCAAGCGCCCUGCCUCGACUGCUGGGCUGCCCACCGCAGGGCUGCCCACAGCCAUGGGGCUACCUUCAGGUGCACCUCCUGGUGUGGCCACCAUCCGCCGCACACCCUCUACCAAGCCCACUGUGCGCCGCGCCCUGUCCAGUGCUGGCCCCAUCCCCAUCCGCCCACCCAUUGUCCCUGUGAAGACACCCACGGUGCCCGACUCCCCUGGUUAUGUGGGGCCCACUCGGGCGGGCAGCGAGGAGUGUGUCUUCUACACAGACGAAGUGGCCUCACCUCUGGCUCCAGACCUGGCCAAAGCCUCCCCGAAGCGGCUCAGCCUUCCCAACACAGCCUGGAGCAGCCCAUCCCCGGAGGCGGCCAGCUACAGCGGGGCUGGAGUAGGGCUGGCUGCUGAGGACGAGGAAGAGCAGCAGCUGGCUGCCAACAGGCACAGCCUGGUAGAGAAGCUCGGGGAGCUGGUGGCCGGCGCCCAUGCCCUGGGUGAGGGCCAGUUCCCCUUCCCGACGGCUCUGUCAGCCACUGCCUCAGAGGAGACACCCACCCCACCCCCUGCUGCCACCAGUGACCCCCCAGCCGAAGACAUGCUGGUGGCCAUUCGACGCGGGGUCCGACUCCGCAGGACCGUCACCAACGACAGGUCGGCGCCCCGCAUCUUAUGAUGGUGCCACCCUCCCCUUCACAUUUGGGCUGGCACAAGUAGGGGGCCUGAUCUGCAAGCAACGGCCAGCCACUCUGAGCAGUGGCACAGCCAGAAGACAGAACAGCGCCAGGAAUGAGGCACAGCCACUUUAAAGAAAGACGACCAGGCUGAUCUCAGCAUCUCACGGGAAGCGACUUCCUUUCUGCACCUCGCCAGGACAGAGCCUGUUUUAUACUUUCCUCACCUACUCCUCCUUCCUGCAGGCCCAGAGCCCAUAACCAAGGGCUGGGCUUGCCACAUGAGCCCCACCUGGCCCGGGGUCCACAGUUCUCUUCCUCUGGUCCCACUGCCCCCCAGGGCCAUAUGCCCAGCUCUUUCCUUGAAUGCUGGCUCCCUCUUCUCCCUGCCUGGGCCCUGCCCCCUUUCCUCUUGCCUUUACCCUGCCUCUCCCAGACUCCACUUUUGGGGGCAGGAUGGUCAUGGGAGGGGCCAGGCACCCAAUCAGCUGAGUAUCAGUUUGUGACUGGGAUUAGGGAAUAGUCAGAGGUUGGGAAGCCAGGCCCACUUGUGUGGAAAGAGAGCCUAGAGGGAGGAAAUGUAGGGGCCUUGUCUCAGGGGACCUUCCAACUCCCCUCCCUGUGACUUGUAACUAGUGGAGGUGAGGCAGGGCAGGGCAGCAGGGGAACAAGGCCAGAGGCUCACAUCAGGUGUUUCAAACAUCCCGCUCUCAUCUGGACACAUUGAGGCUUUAACUCGGGGACACCUUGAGGUUAGUCUCGCCCAUUGCUAGGGAUGAGGGCUGGAGCAUUAGAGGGUAUGGAGGGUAUUUUAUGACUAUAAUAAAUGGAGCUGACCCCAGACAAGAACUAUGUGUGGGGCUAGCUAGUGAUACAGGGUGUGUCUGAGUGCCUGAGAGAGAUGUGGGGGCCCCACAAUGGGCUCAUGGCAGGAUAAGGGUGGAGUCAGCUCCCCCCAGACCAGGGGAAGCUAGUCUUCUCUCCAACAUCUGGAGAGUUGGUAGAAAAAGACUGGAGAGGGUAGGCCAGGGUCUCGGGCCAGUCUGGUGUGAUCCGAGUGAGCUGCAGGCCCCGCUUGGAGCAAAUCUUAGGAGGUUGCUUUUGACUUUCUGUUGCCAGAGGCAGCACCAUCCCCAAGAAAGUCUUUGCCUGCAGGCCUGGCUGGGGCUGGCAGCAGGGGCCAGAGAAAGAGUGGGGAUUGCUUCCACCGUGCACCCCAAGUCUGAGUAAGUCAAAGCGUGUAUGUGUAGGGCGAGAGGGGAGAUUCAGGUAGUACGGGUAGAGCAGGCAGCAGACUCCCCCACCCCACAGGGAGUCCAGAGAGCAUGCCGUGGUCAGGAUGAAAUGGAAUUGGGGCUGACCUGGGCCCAAGGUCCUGGGUGCUCCAGGACCCAUGAGAUUUCUAGAGAAUGAGCUCCAGAUCUGAGCCCUUGUCCACCAAACUCAGUUGUCACCAGAUGCCCAAGUAUAAGGUCCAGGAAAGCAGAUGGCCAGAUGUGGAGCCCUGGGAUGGCAUAUUGGCUGCACCUUCCCCUAAGGCUGUCAGAGGGCUGACGGAAAGGGACGCAUGAUGUGGGGUGGGCAGAUGUGGCCCCUACACCUAGGGUGUGGCUGUGUGCAGGAGGAUGAGGGUCCCUGAGAGGAUGGGCUCACUGCCAUCUGGGAGGGGGGCUCCAAACCCAAUGGGAAGGGCAGUCAGGAACUUUGCAGGAAGAGGAUGGAUGGGGUGGCGUGCCCACCUCCACUCAGCCUUCCCCUUCCCUCCAGGACUGUACAUACUCCUUCCCUCGUCUGACCCACACGUCCCCUUCGGCCCACUGCCACCUUCUCUUUAGUACCUGCCUCUCACAUAGGCCCACCCUCGGGAUCCGAGCCAACCGUCCUGCACCACAGACUUGGCUUCUUCACUUACAUUUUAUUUUUCAUUUUGUACAGCAAAAUAUUCUUUUCAGAUGUGUCUUCUGACUGAAGUAACUUUUCUGGUGCUGUUAACGUGUUCCUUUUUUUUAAUUUAUUUUGCCACCCCUCCCAGUUCCUACUCACCCCGCCCCCACCCACCAUCCUCUCAUCCAUCAGAACCACUUUUUUUUUUUUUUUAAUUUUCUUUCCGUUUUGGAUAAAUUCUCCUACCCACACCCUUUCCAUCCUUUCUGUGAUUAAGUAGUCACUGCUACAAGUAACAAAUGCACUGUGAAGAUUCCAGUAUUAAUAAAAAUGGUCCUGUAGUUAA